UCAGUUGAAGAUCACUGAUGACAGACAAUGACAAGUGAUUGUCACUACGAUAUCCCCAAAUGGGCUGGAAAACCUCCAAAUGGUCUUCAUUUGGAUGUCCUUAAAGAAGGCAAACUUUUUCAGAAACUAAUGAUCGACGAGAAGAGGUGCUAUUUAUUUGGUCGAAACCCAACUUUGACCGACUUUUGUAUAGAUCACGCCUCCUGUUCCCGAGUGCACUCUGCACUGGUCUAUCACAAACAUCUGGACAGGUGUUUCCUCGUUGACUUAGGCAGCACUCACGGAUCAUUCAUCGGUAGUGUCCGACUUGAAGCCAAUAAACCAACACAACUGCCGAUUGACAGUCAAUUUCAUUUUGGUGCGUCCACUCGGAUCUAUAUAUUAAGAGAAAAACCCAAUCAAAAGGGCGCUGCAGUUGAUGCAAAUGGUGAAGAAGUGGAAAGUGGAUUACUUGGACUUCCAGAGACUGAAACAGAACUCGAUAACUUAACCGAAUACAAUACGGCUCAGAAUAAGCGAAUCAGUACAUUAGGAAUACCCGAUAAAGAGAUUAAAGUCCCCCGAAAACGAAAAGGAAAUGUUUUCUUCAAUGAAGAGGAAGAAGUUAUAAACCCUGAAGAUAUUGAUCCAACAGUUGGUCGCUUCAGGAAUUUAGUUCAGACAUCAGUGAUUCCACACAAGAAGGUACGCACAGAAGCAUCGCAUUCAAUGAUACACUACGACAAGACAUCAAUUUCUCAAUCGUCUCACUCGGCAUCAGAAUUGUCGUCACAUAAAUCAAACUCUAAUCCAUUAUUUUCGAGUUCAUUAUCAGCAAAACUGGGCAUUCAUUUGCCAAAUCCUGCUCCCGAUGUUGAUCUUAAUAAACCACUUGAAGAAACAUAUAUUGAAGAACCAGUUAUCGGACCACUUGAAGAGUAUGAGCACAAUAUGAGCGAACCGAAGAAAAAGAAAUACGCGAAGGAGUCGUGGCCGGGGAAGAAACCAACGUCUCUACUCAUGUAAUACAUAAUCAUUAAAUUGAUAGCAAUUUAUAAAGCAAUUACUAUUACAGAAGUUUAUACUAUAGAAGAUCAACCUUUUUCUGUAUUUAUGUA